AUGACUGAGCCCGAGCCAGAACCCCCUGUGAAGUUAGAAUCAAUCAGUUCACCUCGUCUCCAACCGCCGAGUAUGACUUAUUCGAAUAUCGAGUCGUACUUCCUCUCGUUGGAAUUCUGGUUCGCUGCUUCUGGUUUCGGCGCGCAGACUCAGUACGAUACGCGCAAAUAUAAUAUUGUCAUGGCGCAAGUCCCUCCGAACAAAUUAACGGAGCUGCGUUCGAUAAUCGACAAUGUGCCGGCCACCGAAAAGUACCCAUACAUUAAGAAGAAGCUCACGGAACAUUUCGCCGACAGCCAGAAGAGGCGUUUGCAGCGGGUUCUGUCGGAUAUGCCGCUCGGAGACAUGAAACCCAGCCAGCUGUUCAACGAGAUGAAGCGUGUUGCUGGAAAUUCUCUCGGCGAGACGGUGCUGAUGGAUUUGUGGGCUACUAGGCUGCCACCCCACGCUCAAGCUGCUGUGAUCGCAUCAAAGGGUGACGCCGCUGAGAAAACGACUAUCGCGGAUGCCAUCGUCGAUUCAAUGGGUCUUCGUAACAUCCACGCCAUCGACAUGAAGGCGCAGCAGACACCAUCGUCAUCAACACACGUGGCGGAUAAACCAACGCAAGUUACCAUCGAAACCCUUCAUCGUGAAAUUGCACAGCUAUCGAGAAAACUCGAAAAAAUGUUUUCCGCACGUGGCGCCGGCGGUUAUCGAGGGCGAUCGCGCUCACGCUCACGUGGUCGUGGUAAGUCAACAUCUGUUUCCCGUGAUAAAACGCCGUCGGAUGAACAGUGCUGGUACCAUCGUGUUUUUGGACAUGAAGCGCGGCAGUGUCGGAAACCGUGCUCAUUCGGCCAGCCAUCGUCGUCUGGCACAGCGAGCAAACAGUGA